CAUUCUUGAUUUAAAUGUCAACAAAAUAACACAUAAGCGUACAUACGCAUUUUCUUCAUUCAAAUUUCAAGCACGAAACGUGUUGUUCUGGUCAAACAUUUGUUUAAAUUUCUCAUUUUUCUCUUCCAUUUCCGACUUCUUUCGAGUGCUGAAAAUGGUUUACUUAAGUCGUCCUUGGACUCCGGCCAUAAACCCUUUCUACAUUGGCCCCUAUCCGAGAUGCGCAGUAUGUCCGUGCAACUUCGACAUUUACAAAGGAUACACCCCCGGUGGCUGGCACAGUCGUUGCUAUAGCAGCUAUUGACGAGACGAGUACCUGUAUAAAAUGCAAGAAUAACGGCGGGAACAAAUAUAGUUGAACUUUGAAACUGCACACCAAUUAGCCUCGCACACAUCUAUGUAGAGAAAUAAUAAAAUUGAUUCAUCGUC